AUGAUCUAUGAUAAGGAAUAUUAGUAUAAAUUUGUUGGAAAUUAAUCACACUUUUCCUUUAUGGUAUUUGAUGAUGAUAAAAUUUAAGAAGGUAAAGUACUUUUAACAUUAAUAUAAUAGAUUCAAUUCUAAAAUAUUUUAGAUGUAAUGGUAAGUAAGGACUUGCUUUGAUUAUUGAUCUUAAUACAAUAUUUAGAUCAACAUACUUAUCUCUCUAAGCUAAAUUUUAGAUCUGA